CUCACGUAUGACUAAUAUUUUCGCUUUGUAGUUUAUCAAUCACCCUAAAAAUACUACUUUGAUUAUACUGAUACUACAAAUAAUAAUAGCAUAAUAUUUAUUGCUGUUAAGUACAGUUAAUCGACCAAGAUUCACGCGCAUUAAUUUUAAAAUGCAAUGCUAAUGUUAACUAUGGACCUCGCCAUGUUGAUGUUGUGAAAGACAGGCCGACAGUUAUGGAUACGUUCAUUAAUAUAACAAUGUUUUUAUAACAUUUCAAGAUAAGUUGAAAUAAUUUAAGGAAUACGUAUGAUUUUUGUGUUGUAUGUUACCAUCCAUAUGCUGUGAAACUCAUACAGGAACAAAUGUAAAAAGUAUCAGGAGGAAAUCUUAUUUUUAAAGUAUCCAAACAAUGAUCAAUAAAGACAAGGAUGAUGAAGAUGCUAAGCGGAUCAACAGCGAGGAGGAACAAAGCGAUAAUGAUGUAGAUGAACUGGAUGGCGAGGGUGACAUAGAGGAUGAGGUCUACGGAGAGGCGGGGGAAAGCGGUGGCGAGGACGGAAAAAGUAUUACAGAGAAUGACAAAGAAAAGGCUGAAGACCAGCCAACAGCCAUCAAGAAAAAGAAGAAGAAGCGGAAACGGUGGAUUGGUAUCAACACAACUAACUGCAAAUAUGAAUCAAUACGAAGAGUUGCCAAAAGGAUGGGUUUCCGGGAAGUGGGUGAAGAUGAAGACUGGUCGCUGUAUUGGACAGAUUAUUCAGUAGCGCUGGAAAGAGUUAUGGAAAUGAAAAGGUUUCAGAAAAUUAACCAUUUUCCUGGUAUGAGUGAGAUUUGUCGAAAAGAUUUACUAGCCCGUAAUAUGAACCGUCUUUUGAAGCUGUUUCCUAAAGAGUUCAAUGUUUUUCCAAGAUCAUGGUGCCUUCCAGCAGACUAUGGUGACUUUCAAGCCUUUUGUAGGAGUAAGAAAAAUAAGACUUACAUUUGUAAACCGGAAAGCGGGUGCCAAGGAAAAGGAAUCUUUGUUACAAAAAAUCCAAAAGAUAUUAAGCCCGGGGAACACAUGCUGUGCCAACAGUACAUUUCAAAGCCUUUUGUUAUAGAUACGUUCAAAUUUGACCUACGUAUAUACGUACUUGUGACAUCCUGCGAUCCGUUUCGGAUAUUUGUACAUGAAGACGGCCUAGCCAGGUUUGCAACAGUCAAGUACAUUGAACCAUCCUCCCAUAAUGUGGAUGAUGUAUGCAUGCAUCUCACAAACUAUGCAAUUAAUAAACACAGUGAUAAUUUUGUAAGAGAUGAUGACAGUGGUAGUAAACGAAGAAUUACCACUGUUAAUAAAUGGUUUGAAGACCAUGGCUAUGAUGUCAAAAAGAUAUGGGGAGAUAUUGAAGAUUGCAUUAUUAAGACGCUCAUCUCAGCGCAUCCCAUCUUAAAACACAACUACAGGACUUGUUUCCCAAACCAUAUGAAAGGAAGUGCAUGUUUUGAAAUCCUUGGCUUUGAUGUCUUACUUGAUAAAAGAUUGAAACCUUGGCUUCUUGAGGUGAACCACUCUCCAAGUUUCCACACAGAUGCUCCUCUUGAUAAGGAAGUGAAAGAGUCACUGUUAUUGGACACAAUGAAUAUUCUGAAUUUCACGCCAUUUGACAGGAAGAAAUUCAUAGAUGAGGAAAAACGGAAGGUCAAAGAAAGACUAUUCCAGAGACAAAAACCGAAAGAGCAGAGACAACAAGAAUAUGAGGAAAGUCAAGCUAAUUACUUGGAAAUGAUGGCAAAAUGGGAAGAUAAACACAUGGGUCGUUUCAGGAGAAUCUACCCAAUUGAAGGCUCUGAGAAAUAUGACAAAUUCUUCCAACACAGUGGCUCGUUGUUUCAGGAGACAGCUGCUUCCAAAGCAAGGGGAGAAUGUGCGAGACAACAAAGAGAGGAAAUCAGGCAGAAACAAGAGAAACUUGAAAGUAUGCUUAAAAAGGGAAAGGAUAAAAAAGAUAGAGAUGGAAUGAGGCCAGAAAGUCCUGGUGCCAAGAGAAGGACACGUCCCGUCACAAGGGCAUUACCAAGACGAUUAAUGCAAAACAGGUCACAUAGUGAUCCAUGCACUCCUAGCAGACCUCAAGACUGGGAACCCAUAGACACUAGCAUCCCUAUGGAGAUUUGUGAGGACGAAGAACUUGAACGCAUUAGUGCUUUGCUACAGCGUGACAACUUAGUACGCGGUUUAGGCGUAGUGGAGCACGUCUAUAGGUUAUUGCAUUGUACGCCGGGCACUGUCGGUGUUAUGAAGAAUGCAGAUAGACAGCUACAUGCUGAGAUUAGCCAAGCUGACAACAACAACCCGCAGCUGAACAUCAAAUCGAAUCAGUUAACACUUAGCGAACACACCAAUAUUAACAUCUCAUCUGAUCAGUGUGGUGGUAAACAGUCCAAUAACACUACCACUACCACCACUAGCACUCAUGGCAUACUGCCGCCUCAGCAGGGCAGUGCAUCUUCCUCCAUGGGCAGCAAACAACAUUUAUAUUCCCAUAGUCAUAAUACACUUAUGUCGUCACUGAGCAACCAGUGGCAGAAUUCACUCGGUAGAAACAGUCGAGUGUUAGGCCAGGUGAUAGGACAUCAAAAUGCAGUACCGGCCACACUUGCACAGCGGCAUCGUUUUGUGCCGAGGAAAGGUUUUAACACGUACGUUAGGGAGAACUCAAAAACAAUAAGUAGUGUUGUACCUGAGAAUGAAUGGCGUCAGAUGUCUGUGUUAAUGGAUACUGAUUCAAAGACAGGUGGCUCAGCUGGUCUGGGUUCACGUGCUAACUCUUAUGUCGCGAGUCAACCAUCCAGUGCCAGUGGUGGUAGUGACUGGAGAUGUAAUGACUGUGCCACUCAACAGACUACAGGCCAUCAUCACACGAGGAGAAUACUUAGUGCAAAUGCUAGCCAAAGACAGAAUUCUGGUGGUUCAAGCCACUCUAGGAUUAACCCGCGGAUAACAAGUAACUCAGGUGGUGGUACAUCACCACCCAACGGCUAUGUCAGUAGCAAUGUUUAUAACUUCCCAAAUAUCCUAAAAAUGACAUCAAAUCCCACCCCUGGUGCUACCCUUAAUUUGUCUGUUGUCUCCGGUCCAGCACCAGUUGUACAACGACCGGACCUGGCUACACCAAGCAACAGACAAGGCAGCGGUAAAGAAGGACAGAGUUCAACAGUGGUAGAAAGUUUAAGGUCCACUAAGUCUCAAAGAAUAAGAGGAGCGUCUAAUAAUCUUAGAUUAAAACAAUUGGAGCUUCGGGAAAACCAUGCAGUUGUACUCAGUUGAUGAACUCUUACGCAUGCAGAAAGCCAGGAAGCAAGCACGCACCCUUGCACGGUCAUGAUCACCUGUUUUGAUGUCUUUCGUACUCUUCUCAACGCUGAAGCCUCUCACGGCUCUGAUCUCUCAUGCGACUCUUGUCGCGAAGAAAACUCACUGAGACGUAGUUAUUUUCUUAAAAAUUUAUAAAAUUUACAGUUUGAUAUGAAAAAAAAUAACAUGACAUUUCCCUUUUGUUUAUUAAAACUGUGUGUGUAUACAUUUAUAAUAAUUUACUUGCUUUCAUUCAGAUUUAGUGAGUUUGCCAUCCC